CAACCAUCAGUCUUCAAGCGCUUCGUCGAGGUCGGCCGGGUCGUCCUCCUCAACUCGGGCCCGCACGCAGGGCAGAUCGCCGUCAUUGCUGAGAUCAUCGACCACAACCGGGCAAUCAUCGAUGGCCCCCUGACCAACGUCCCGCGCCAGUCCUUCCCCUACCGCCACCUGACGCUCACGCCGCUCGUGCUCACGAAGCUCCCUCGCGGCGCGGGCACGGGCGUCAUCCGCAAGCAGCUCGAGAAGGAAGCGACGCUCGACAAGUGGGCGAACUCCGCGUGGGCGAAGAAGCGCGCCGCGGUGCAGAAGCGCCGCACCCUGAGCGAUUUCGAGCGGUUCAAGGUGAUGCUGCUGAAGAAGAGCAGACGCGAUGUGGUGCGCAAGGCGGUGAAGAAGGCG